AUGUCGCUUUCUACACACUUCACGCUCAACACCGGAGCCAAAAUCCCUGCGGUAGGGUUUGGCACAUGGCAGGCCAAACCUCUCGAGGUCGAGAAUGCCGUAGAGGUGGCGCUUAAGCAAGGAUAUCGACACAUUGACUGUGCUGCUAUUUAUCGCAAUGAGACGGAAGUUGGCAACGGAAUUCGCAAGUCUGAGGUCCCUCGGAAGGAGAUCUUCAUUACCGGAAAGCUCUGGAAUACGAAACAUGCGCCAGAGGAUGUCGAGGCCGCUUUAGACAAGACGCUCAAGGAUCUUGGUGUUAGCUAUCUUGACUUAUAUCUGAUGCACUGGCCCUGUGCUUUCAAAUCCGGUAACAAGUGGUUUCCUCUAAACGAAGAUGGCGUGUUCGAGUUAGCAGAUGUCGACUACAUCACCACCUACAAAGCCAUGGAGAAAUUGCUCUCGACAGGCAAGGUCCGCGCCAUUGGGGUAUCCAACUUCAACGUUCGUCGCUUGGAGGAGCUCCUCAGCCAGGUUUCCGUUGUCCCUGCCGCCAAUCAGAUCGAAGCUCAUCCUUACCUGCAACAACCGGAGCUUCUGCGCUUCUGCCAAGAAAAGAAGAUUAUUGUGGAGGCUUACUCGCCGCUGGGCAAUAACCAGACUGGAGAGCCCCGUACGGUCGAUGAUCCUUUGGUGCAUAGCAUUGCCGGAGAGCUUAGCAUGGACCCUGGUCCGCUGUUGGCUAGCUGGGGUGUCCAACGUGGCACUGUGGUCCUGUCCAAGAGCGUCACGCCGUCUCGUAUUGCGGCCAAUCUCCAAGUGAAGCAGUUACCCGAAGAUGCGUUCGCCCGUCUUUCUUCCCUCGAACGCCACAAGCGCUUCAACUUCCCCGCUUUCUGGGGCUACGAUAUCUUCGAAGAGGUGGGCGAGGAGGCUGUCCGCAAAGCGGCACUAGAGGCAGGUCCUGUGAAUAAGACCAAGUUCACUGUAUAA